AUGCGUCUUUUGGAGCAACGUAUUGACCUUGAAAAGAAUAAUGAAGAUGAUGCUAUCGUAAAGACCUCCGUAAAACCAUGGGGUCGCUUCUGCAUAUUUUUGCUAGGCGCUAUAACUGUGAUUUCUUUGUUUUCGCACCGUAGAGGCUCGAGGAGUGAUGAUGCUGGACUUGAAACAAUUGUGCAUAGAUCAAAUUCUUAUUUUAACGGUACACAUGAAUUCAAGACGCUGACUAUACUAAUAUCUGUCGAUGGGUUCCAUCCGAGAUUGAUAGAUGCAAAACAUACGCCUUUUCUUUACGACUUGCACAAUUUGCAAUCAUCGUAUGACAUAAACAUCAGCACUACUCCGUACAUGAUUCCAAGCUUCCCCACACAGACUUUCCCCAAUCACUGGAGCAUGGUAACAGGAAAGUACCCCAUUGAACAUGGCAUUGUCUCAAAUGUAUUCUGGGAUAAUGCUACCGGUAGUGAAUUUCGACCAAACAACCUCGAUCCGAGAAUCUGGAACAAUGUAGCUGAUCCCAUUUGGCAACUAUUGCAGACCAAGUCGCAAAAUGAGUACAAAGUGGCUACACAUAUGUGGCCCGGGAGUGAUGUCACGUACGAGGACUAUGAAGAAGUACCAAGGGAAAGAAUGCCUUUUUACUUCGACAAUUUCAAUCAAUGGGAGCCACUCCAGGAGAAGCUAUCCCACAUUUUCAGAUACGUGGAUAUGCCUCGACUGACAGAUCGACCGGAAUUGAUAAUAAGCUAUAUACCCAAUGUCGAUUGGUAUGGUCACAAUUUUGGGUACGACUUGCGAGAUGAGCGGCUGCAAGAGCUGGUCGCUGAGGUUGACAGAUUCUCUCAUGACUUAGUUGAAGGCUUACAAAGAAGAAACUUGCUGACAAUAAGCAAUGUUAUAAUUGUCAGUGACCAUGGAAUGAGCAAUGUCGACAUGGAUGACGAGGAGCACGUUGUCAUAUGGGAAAGGAUGUUCCCGGGUGACUCAAUGUCCACUUUUGUACCACAUCUUUAUAAUGAAGGUCCCAUGAUGAUGGCCUAUCUGGAGAACCCUGGAGACAAGCUGUGGAUUCGAGACUUAAUCAAAUUCCGAUUGCGGGAAGUGUACGGCGAUGAAAUCUCGAGAAAAUUCCGCGUGAUCCUAAGGGAAGAUUUCGAGCCAAGCUGGAAGUACUACCAAUACGAUAACAAGCCACAUGCAUAUGACGGUAGAGUGGGCGAUAUCUGGAUCCUUGCAGACGAGCACUACGCAAUCGUUAAAGAAAGAAAGGAUGUACGGGCGGGGAUCAUGGGGACACACGGAUAUAACUUUGGCAACUGCAGUGACAUGGCGUCUAUGUUCAUCGGUAUGGGUCCGAUGUUUAGCAAUGAGGUCGUACCACCGUUCGAAAACACAGAAAUCUACAAAAUGCUAAUCGAGGCAAGUGGUGUCUGA